CACAGGGCCACAGUUUAAAAAGGCAGAGGAGGUAGACCUGGGCACCAGAAUUCGACGCACUGUGCCACACGACACUGCACUGUACCGUGCCACCAGCACCAGAAACCAAGACACCGUAAAGGCACCGACUCAGGUCUCAACUGCAUCUCUCGCCAGUCCAGUCCAACCCAACUCUACCCAGCUCUACCCAUCUCUACCCAACUCUACCCGGCUCUACUCGACCCAGUGAGUGACAAUGAGGCCCAGUGGAACACUCUGCUCUUUGGCGCUGCUGGCCCUGUCCCUGGUUCUCAGCAGCCACAGCUCAGACGCAACUCAGCCAGAUGUGAGCCGCGAGUUGAGACACCGCAGACUCAUCCAGAGGGCACGCGCUGCUGCCAUGGCAACACAGCGUGAGUGGAGUAGGCGAGCUGCGGAGGACUUCCUAUCCCAGGUGCCCUUGCGUGAGGAUGCUGUGGAGGACAGUGAGGUGUCUCUGGCCAGCCUGAGGGAAGACCUGGAUGUAGAUCUGGGCGUGCCGUUGGCUCCGGAGCCGGAGCCCAAGUACCUGCCGCCCAGGGCACGCAGGGCCGAGUGCUUCUACUGGAAAAGUUUCACCUAUGCCCCUGAGAACGGCGAGCACGUGGGCCACCGGGGGAAAUGGCGUGUGACACCUCCACGAGCGAGAGGCACUGCGCAACCAACCAAGGAGAAAGACGAGAAAGAUACUGCUCAGCUCCGCCGGCUGCUUCGUUACAUUCUUACCGUUUCAGAAUUUUAUACUCACCCGCUAACUACCCAGAAAAAGAUGCUGUCCUCGCGACUUCAGUGCGCCCUCGCGCUCCUGUGCCUGGCGCUGGCCAUCAGCUGCGUGUCGGCGGCGCCGUCAGACGUCAAACUCAGACAGCUACUUCAGAGAUCCCUCUUCGCACAAGGAGGAAAGCAGGAGCUGGCCCGACUAACGCUAGCAGAACUACUGUCCGAGCUCGCGCAGGCAGAAAACGAGGCGCUCGAGUCAGAAGAAGUGUCUCGUGGGACUGAGGGUGAGGAAGGCGCGCGCUUCGAGGUGGAGAGGUCCGCAGGUUCUCUGCUCGCGCCACGGGAGCGCAAAGCAGGAUGCAAGAACUUCUUCUGGAAAACCUUCACAUCAUGUUAAUUUUUUUCACCACAACACGCCAGACAAACGCCGCGCCAAGCGCCCAUUUUCAUCGCCACAUAACUAUUUUUUUUCUCCCCGCCCAAAAGCAUUGACCACUAAAUCCUUAUCGAGCAGCCCUCAAAAAUAUAAAUAAAACUAUCGGAAAAUGAUACUGUGGAUUUUAUCAAUAAGACAAUGGCACUCACAAUUUUAUUGAGUUUAACAGAUUCAUUUUUAUUUUUGUGUGAGAGCGAGCUUGGGAGUAUUAUUUUAAUGAAUGUACAGGUCUGCUCUCGAAUGUCCUGUUCGUAAUUUGGCAGAAAAAAAACUAUUUUUAAUUGUU